AUGUCAGACACAGGUAGAAAAGAUUUCUCACAGAAGGCCAAGGAAGCUGUAAAGCCAGACUCAGAAAAGUCGUACGUCGAACAAGGGAAGGAGUUCGUCACAGAUAAGACGGAUAAGCUGGCCGGUAAGGUUCAACCAGAAGGAAACAAAGGGUUGGGCCAAGGUGUCCACGAUGCCGCUCAAAGUGGUGAGGAUAAGGCCACCGGAGAUUCCGUAGCUGAUACUGCUAAGGACUAUUACGAAGCUGGUAAGAAAAAGAUCAAUGACGCUGUGGAAUACGUUUCCAAGUCAGUUCAUGGUGGAGAUGAAACUAAGUAG